GGAAGGGCAGCAGCAGCAGAGAAUCCAAACCCUAAAGCUGAUAUCACGAAGUACCAUUUCUCCAAGUUUGGGGCUCAUAGGGGAGCCAUCAUGAGCGAUGUUACCAUUGUGAAAGAAGGUUGGGUUCAGAAGAGGGUCCCUGCCAAAAUGGAAGAAAUAAAAUGAAUGGGGAGAGAGUACAACAGAAGACAGAAAUUCUGAUACUUUUUUGAAAUAACAAAGCAGAUGCACAGGUAGUGACGGACUCAACAAAGGAGAAUAUAUAAAAAACUGGAGGCCAAGAUAUUUCCUUUUGAAGACAGAUGGCUCAUUCAUAGGAUAUAAAGAGAAACCUCAAGAUGUGGAUUUACCUUAUCCCCUCAACAACUUUUCAGUGGCAAGUACUGAGGGAAAAAGAAGGAAAUAAGGAAGGAAGCCAACCUUUCUUUGAGAGUUACUAUGUACCAAGUCCUUUUACAUAUGUUAUCUCUUUUAAUCUUCACAACAACACUGUGAGAGAAACUUGGCUCAUGGAAUUUCCCAGGAGUAAUGCAUGUCUUCAGUGGUGGAACUAGAGACUAGACCACAGAUUUCACGUUUCAAGGCUAAUGCUUUUUCCAUUUUACCACCUAUCAAUAGCAUCUCUGACCACCUUAGGGCCUUGGGGCAAGAUGCUUUCUACUGUGGGCAAUGCAGAAGAAUGUCAGUUAAUGAAAACAGAACGACCAAAGCCAAACACAUUUAUUAUCAGAUGUCUCCAGUGGACCACCGUUAUAGAGAGAACAUUUCAUGUAGAUACUCCAGAGGAAAGGGAAGAAUGGACAGAGGCUAUCCAGGCUGUUGCAGACAGACUGCAGAGGCAAGAAGAAGAGAGAAUGAAUUGUAGUCCAACUUCACAAAUUGAUAAUAUAGGAGAAGAAGAAAUGGAUGCUUCUACAACCCAUCAUAAAAGAAAGACAAUGAAUGAUUUUGACUAUUUGAAACUACUAGGAAAAGGCACUUUUGGGAAAGUUAUUUUGGUUCGAGAGAAAGCAAGUGGGAAAUAUUAUGCCAUGAAGAUUCUGAAGAAAGAAGUCAUUAUUGCAAAGGAUGAAGUAGCACACACUCUUACUGAAAGCAGAGUAUUAAAGAACACUAGACAUCCAUUUUUAACAUCCUUGAAAUAUUCCUUCCAGACAAAAGACCGUUUGUGUUUUGUGAUGGAAUAUGUUAAUGGGGGAGAGCUGUUUUUCCAUUUGUCGAGAGAGCGGGUGUUCUCUGAGGACCGCACACGUUUCUAUGGUGCAGAAAUUGUCUCUGCCUUGGACUAUCUACAUUCUGGAAAGAUUGUGUACCGUGAUCUCAAGUUGGAGAAUUUGAUGUUGGACAAAGAUGGACACAUAAAAAUUACAGAUUUUGGACUUUGCAAAGAAGGGAUCACAGAUGCAGCCACCAUGAAGACAUUCUGUGGUACUCCAGAAUAUCUGGCACCAGAGGUAUUAGAAGAUAAUGACUACGGCCGAGCAGUAGAUUGGUGGGGCCUGGGGGUUGUCAUGUAUGAAAUGAUGUGUGGGAGGUUACCUUUCUACAACCAGGAUCAUGAGAAACUCUUUGAACUAAUACUAAUGGAAGACAUUAAGUUUCCUCGAACUCUCUCUUCAGAUGCAAAAUCAUUGCUUUCAGGGCUCUUGAUAAAGGAUCCAAAUAAACGCCUGGGUGGAGGACCAGAUGAUGCAAAAGAAAUUAUGAGACACAGCUUCUUUUCUGGAGUAAACUGGCAAGAUGUGUAUGAUAAAAAGCUUGUACCUCCUUUUAAGCCUCAAGUAACAUCUGAGACAGAUACCAGAUAUUUUGAUGAAGAAUUCACAGCUCAGACUAUUACAAUAACACCACCUGAAAAAUAUGACGAGGAUGGUAUGGACUGCAUGGACAAUGAGAGGCGGCCACAUUUCCCUCAGUUCUCCUACUCUGCAAGUGGACGAGAAUAAGUCUUUCAUUCUGCAACUUCACUGUCAUCGUAGAUUUUAUUACUGAAAAUGAUUCCUGGGCAUCAUCACCAGUCCUAGCUCUUACAGAUAGCAGGGGCUUCUCCGACAUCCCAGACCAGCCAAGGGUCUUCACCCCUCGCCAUCUUUCACUCACAUGAAAACACGUAUAUACACAAACACACUCCAGUUUUUGUUUUUGCAUGAAAUUGUAUCUCAGUCUAAGGUCUCAUGCUGUUGCUGCUACUGUCUUACUAUUAUAGCAACUUUAAGAAGUAAUUUUACAAUCUUUGGAAGUCAUGAGCCCACCAUUGUUCAUUUGUGCACCAGUUGUCAUCUUUUAAUCUAUUAGUUUUUGUUUUUCCCCAGCAUUGAAGGCUAAAUGAGAUACACUGAUUCUAGGUACAUUUUUUAACUUUCUAGAAGAUAAAUCAAAAACUAAUUAGACUAAGAAGAAUCUAGUUUAUAUUUCAAAACAAGCAAUUGUGGAAGGAUGGUAUGUGCAUAUGCACAAAUUUAGUCAAGGAUGUCCAAUCAGUGCAUAAAGUAAGUCUGUAUUCACUAAGGUUUGGCUGGAAUUUAUUAGGAAGCACUUGAGAGAGGAGUAACUAUUUUAUAUACAUAUAUAUAUAUAUAUGUAUGUAUGUAUACACACAUAUGUAUAUAUACACAUAUAUACAUAUAUGUAUGUGUAUAUAUGUGUGUGUGUGUGUGUGUGUGUGUAUAUAUAUAUAUAUAUAUAUAUGUAUAUAUUUUUUUAAAUUCUUGUUGGAUACUACAGAGGAAGCCUGGUAUCACACAUGGACAUCCAGACUUCAUGGGCAAUCAUAGGCAAAUGGACAUUGUUCUACCAAGAAAUGAAGCAUAUGCACAAAAUCAAAGUCACUUAAAUGGUCUCAUGAUACACUUUGUGCCAGAGGGCAUUUUUCCCUGUGCUCGGCAACCCUUUUUUCUUCUUGAUAUUUAUCACCUCUGAUGGCUGAAGAAUGUAGACAGGUAUAAUGAUCCUGCUUUCACCAAAAUUUGUAUACCAAGGUAAACAAGUGUUUGCCUUAUUAGUUUUAAUUUUUUACUUUCAGUUCUAGGUGAAUUAGCUUUUUCUCAGAUGUUACAACUUUGAAUGUCCUUUUAUGGUUUUGUUUAUAUUGCAGUAGUAUUUAUUUUUUAGUGAUGAGAAUUGUAUGUCAUGUUAGCAAAUGCAGCUCCAACUUACAUGAAAUAGACUUACUGCAGUUUCUUUUGACCCAUGUGCAAGAAAUAUACACAUCCAUGAGAAUCAUGCACUUUUCCUCCUAUGUAAAAAAAAAAUUGAUAAGGUUCUGAAAUUGUACAGAUUGAUUAGAAUUUGGCUUUGGGAGAAGAGAUGCUAUCAUUUAACCCCGUGGUGCUGAAAAUUUUAAAAAAUCCCCAAAUGUCUAUGCCCAAGGGGUUAAUGAAACAAAUAGAUAUUGAUGUUUUCUCACUUGAGAACUGAAAUGUUAGGAUGGCCUGGUAGCAUAACAUAAUGAAGAAAAUUGAGACCUGAAUGAUGAUAAAGAAAUGAACUUUACUUUGAAAAAUGAACAUAUUGCAAGUAUUUAUGAAGUAGGCAGUAAAGGAUAAGAACCUGGUGUGUUUAUUCUGAUCAAGGUACAUUUAUCACUGAAUUAAGCCAUCAGGGAAAACAAAAUGAAACAAAAAAGAACACCUCUAGCUUUUCUUUUUCUGUAAAUACUCAUGUCUCCAAAUCCCAACAUUUUUCACUGAGAGGAGACAUGUAUGCAAACCUCAUCUUUCUCCUUCAUUAAUGAUGAUCUUCAGAUUAAACCCUUUGGUGCUAGGAGCUGACAUUUUCCAAAGCAGCCUAUGAAGUCCAAGGGCAGGGUCCCUUCUUACAGCAAGUGGGAGGGCAUCCCACCCCAUGGAGUGAUUAUGGAAAUGUGUUCUAGAUAAACUGACAGCUCCCAAAUGGAAGACUACAGCAUGACGUAGUAUUAUGAUUGCAUUGUAUGAAAGAGCAAGUGACUUUCUAAGUAGGAUGAAUCAUGUUCAUAUGCAGAUGUCUUAGCCUCACGACGCUGGAAGUGUGGAUUUAUAGCUCUUAAGCCACUGCUGGCGGUGGGUGGGCCACUGGGACUGAUGGGGUUAAAGGGCAUUCUACUAAGGCAGCUAAGACAUAUUCAGACAUAGAUUUUAUCCUAAUUUUUCAUAUUUCUACUUGAGUCAAGUUCAUACUUAAUAUUAAGUAGGAAGUUACAGUAAGUAGUAGUUCAUUCUUAUUUACAUCUGUAGCUUAAUUAUUUUUUUUUCUACUGGGAAUUAUAUUGAAUGUUCCACAUUGAAAAGAAAGUAGACCAGAAGGUUUGUCCUUUAAGUUGUCUUGCAUCCAAUAUAUAAGAAAGAAACAGGUGAGAGGAAAAGAAGGAAGCUGAAACUAGCUGAUGUUCAGAGCAUUUGCUGCUUCAGAGAGAAAGUAUGACACUGUACACUAAGCACAUAGCUUUUGUUUUGUUUUUUUCUCCCCCAAAUCUUAACAUGAUUUCCAUGACAUUGGCCAAGGAUACUUCCUAAAGAUUAAUGACGGCUCUGAUAGUGUUCCAGGCUGGCCACUGCUCUCACAGCUGGCCCUCAGUCUUCAGCCAUGUGCAGGGCUCAGUCAUCCCCUUCUUGGCUCCAUCAGUGUCAAACGAGGUGUAUUCUUGACUUUGAUUUCUAGGAUCCCUUCCUUUUACUCCCAGAUCUCAAGUCAGCUGGCAUGGAGGCAUGAUGAAACACAGAAAGGUGUACAGAGGGAGAUGAUGAAACUUCCCUGUGUUGCCCAUAGUUGUAGUUUGGGAUUCUGGCAGGCAGGACAGCCUGACACCUAAAAUCAUCCUGUUGGAAUACAAUUCCAACUUUGUGAACUCCAGCUCAUACUGUCAUGAAGUUGACCCCGUGUCAUAAUGCAGCCAUCUUGGAGGAAAUUGGCUACUUCUGCUUGGAUUGUUGGCAGGGUUGCUCACAGCUUUGCUUUCUAUACUAAUUACAUAGCAUUAUUCCAGUAUUGUUUUCCAUUUCCUGUACCUGAUUUCCGGCUUCUUAAAGCUGACUGUUCUUGCAGGGGCCACUUGCUUCUCCUAGAGUACAAAAGUAAGGGCCUUCCUUACUAACUGCAGGGUCUAUAUACUACACCUCAAUGUACACACUUUGCUGCUACCGUUUGUACUGUCUACAGUAGAAUUUCCUUAUCUUGCUCCUGGUAGUGCAUUACAGGCAAGCAUGAAAUGUAAAGUAUUUAUUUAAAUAAAAAGAAAACCUCUAAAUUGGUAAUUGAAUUACCUCCCUGUAGCUUUAUAGUUUGUGACAUUUCUUGACCUUGCUAGUUCUUUCAUUAGAUCCGCGCAAGAUCUAGUCAUCUGGUUAAGGAUUUUAAGCAGACGCAACUAUGAACCCAAGAAACUGUAUUACUAUUACUGUUGGUCAUACUAAAACUGUUUAUUUCCUUAAGGAUAUGACCCACAAGGAUGUGAAAUAACUACAAGAAACUGUUUUUGUACACUGUACAUCCUUAGUAUUUUUACACGUAUAUGAUAGGGAUGCACAUUAUUUUCCUUCGUACAGACAGCUUAAAUAAAGCACUAUGUCAAUCUGCUA